AUGUGCAAAGGCCUGGAGGACGCUCCAUCCCUGGACGCAGCCAUCCAGAACGCCCUGGCAGGCCUCUACCCUCCUUUUGAGGCCACAGCGCCCACUGUCCUGGGGCAGGUGUUCCACCUCCUGGACGCUGACUUCCGGGGGGACGGGCUGAGCUUCCUCCUGGAUUUCCUGAUCCCUGCCAAGCGCCUAUGUGAGCAAGUCCGAGAAGCAGCCUGUGCCCCCUAUACACACUGCCUCUUCCUGCAUCAGGGCUGGCCGCUGUGCCUGCAGGACAAGGUUGUGGUCCACCUGGCCCCCCUCAAUCCCCUCUUAUUGCGCCAGAGUGACUUCUACCUUCAAGUUGAGCCUCAGGAGGAGCAGUCUGUCUGCAUCAUGAUCAAGUGCCUCUCGUUAGACCUCCGCACAGUGGACACGAAGCCUGUUCCCGUGUCAUCCUACCCGACACUGUUCACCCAGGAGUGGCUGGAGGCCUUCAACAAUGACUUUGAGGGAAGUCCCCUACACAACUGUCUGGUAGCUUCAGAAGAGGGGAUUGUUCCUGUGCCCUGGACCAAGAUAACCAGCCCAGAGUUUGUGGAUGACAAACCCCAAGCAGUGACUGUUCUCUCCCCAGCCUGGGGUUCCCUUCAAUUAGAGGCACUGGAUUUGAGUGGCCCCCAAGAGCUGCACCAGGCCAGGUCUCCAGGCAGCCAGGUGCUGCUUGGCCAGAGCUUGGCCAAGGCUGGAACAACUCAGACCAAAACAUCUGGCCCCGCUGCUGACUCAGGCCCACUGGCUGGAGGAAAGGCUGGUUUCCCAGAAGCUUCUACAGAAAGAGGCCCCACUCUGGAUGAGGAGCCACCAGGGCCCGAGCCCAGCAUCAGGGCUCUGAGUAUGGAGAUCAUCCACUCCCGGAUAGCGUGCCUGCCAGGUGGUCGGGACAGGGCUGGGCGGCCCCUGCUUCUGGUGUCAACCCCCCAGGGGGCCUGGGAGGCACCAUGGUGCACAGCCUCAGAGGUCACCAAGCUGCUUUCCUACCUGUGCACUGUCCCCAGGCCAGAAGAUAAAACCAAGGGGCUGGCGGUGGUGAUAGAUGCCAGGAAGCAGCCUCUACACCCUGUCCUGGUCAAUGCCUUGGAAGCCACCCAGAAGUCAGACCCUUUCCUUGCUGACCUCCGCCAGGCCUCCUCCCUGCUACAGGCAUCCAUCAAGGAGUUUGAGAAGGGUGACUCCCCUGGAGGGGCACAGGAGGCCUCCAGGUGUCUGAACAAGUCCAAGGAGCUGAUGGAGGCUGUGCUGAGGGACCCAGUUCUGCUGGGCCUCCAGCGGGAAGGCGGAGCCACCCUGGCCAGGCUGCAGCAGGAGGCCAGCAGACUGGACUUCAACCCAGAUGUUAGGAGCCAUCUGGCUGAAGCCACUGCCCUCUAUAGCCUCGUGGACGAACAGCUGCAUGUCCUGGUCACCACAUCUAAUCACCUCCUGGGGAGGCUCGAACUCCGCGUCCGCAUGGGCCGCCUGGAAGCUGCCAUCCACCAGGUCAGCAACUGGAUGGAGCAGGAAGGAAGCCGGCGCCUGCAAGCGCUGACCCCCAAGGACGGGAGCCUGGAGACAGUGCAGAAAGCCCACCUGGAAUUUGAGGACUUCUUCCUGCAGGCUGCAGCCCAGUACCGGCAAGGCCUGGAGCUGUCCAAGCAGGCAGCCCAGCUGGGAGCCUCAGCGGGAGGGGCCCGCGAGGCGGGAGGAACAGAGCCCCCGGAGCUGGCUGCCUUCGCCUCCACGCAGCGGACCUUCCAGGCUAAGCUCACCCACUUCUACAUGGCUGCUGAGCGGCAGCGCACGGACCUGGAGACGCUGCUCCAGCUCUACCACUUCUGCAAGAAGAUGGCCUGGUUCCACAUGGACUGUCAGGACCUGAUGACCCAGCUCAGGCUGGGCAAGGAUCCAAAGGCCAGCCCCGGGGGCCAGCGCCGCCUCCACCGCUACCUGCAACGACUGUCCUCCGAGUUCCCUGCUGAGAAGCUCACGGCCAUGGGGCUGCAGGUGGCCUCGCUGAGCCGGGAGGACCUGGGCCAGGACCUGUGGGAGGAGGCCCAGGUGAGACACGGGGAGAUCCAGACCCUCCUGACGAAGGCGCUGGCCCACUGUUCGUGCUCACUGGGCCCCAGUGCCCACGCGGCUCAGCUGGAACUACAACGGACCGCUGCCAAGGGCCAAGGUGUGAAUGGAGAAGUCACUUCCAAGGGACAGCGGGACCCACCCUUCCAGGACUCCCUGGGCCUGGAUCGGUCACCAAAACCCCGCUGGCCUCCUCGGGCCGAGAGAGGGGGGCAGAACAGACAUCUCCCGGCAGGCCCUCUGCCCCUGGACGCCGGCCAGGCCACAGAGGCUGGUGAAGGCAAGGGCCCUCGCGAGCCCCUUGAUCCUGCCCCUGAGCGGUUUCUCACCUCCCUCUUCUCCUGGCAGCGGCUCCCCAGGCAGAGGCAGGUCCCCCACCCCACCGGGGGCAGCUCCUCCUCAGAGGGGACAGACUCACGGACGUCUCUGGAGGACUCGCCCCAGACAAGCCCCCCUGCCUCCCUCUAGCUGGGAGCAGAGCCCCCUCACCCCCUGUACCAGGCACCAGGGGUGCGGGCUGGGCCUGUUGCUGAGGAACCAAGCCCGUCAGGCCGUGGCUCCUGAGCACUGGGUGUGUGCGUGGCCUGUGACGAGGGGCCAAGAACCGGCACCAGGAAACUGAGAAGUCCGGACCCUGGGAGGUCAGGGCAGGGUGCAGCAGAGCGUGGGAUUGGCUCCCUCGCCCCAGUACAGACCCUUCCAGAGGGCUCAGCCAUAGGCAGGCCGCGUGCCCAGCUGGAGGUCAGGGGCACCCAGCUUCCCCUGGGGACACAAGGGGCAUCGCAGCCCUCAUACAGAACCAUGAGUGAGAGAUUCAGGAGUGGCUCCUGGUCUUAGGAUCCCACUGAACAGACCCCGAGACAAGGAUCCAGGUGCAUGUGUGUUUGAUAGUCACCCCGGGAACCACUGGGGGUGAGCCUGGGAAAGGAAUAAAGGGGGUGCUGUCAAGCAAAUCACUGCACGCAACUCAUUGUGCCAUUG